CAUGUUGUGGUUUAAUUUUUUAAAUUUUAUUUUCCUUUGUUUUUGGGUAUAUAAAUGGUAGUUUACAUGUAUGGUAAUGAAUUUAACUGAGCAAAAAUUGAACCACAACAUGCACAUUAAUCUUGGUUUCUUUUAAUGAAGGUUAACAUAGGACAAAUGACUGUAAUGAUUGCUUCUGCAGGAACAAAAUGGGUGAAGGUAUACCAGAUGGAGAUGCUACAAAAGGAGCCAAGAUCUUUAAGACAAAAUGUGCACAGUGCCACACUGUAGAAGCAGUAAGGAAUUUUUAUGAUAUGAUUGGCUUCUUAAUGUUCAAUCUUCCUCUUCUAAACCAAGGCUCGAACUGUUUCAAAUUCCUAGAAAACAAUAAAUAAAUGUAAUCUGUCAAAAUAAUUUACUAGACACAAUAAUAAGUUAUACUAUACCAUACCCCAUCAGAACAGCAAGAAGGUGUUUUUUAGUUUUUCAGAAAAAGAGAUUUAGAAGUCUUUUUUAAUCUCAUAAAAGUGUUGCAGAUCUACUCAGUUCUAAAAUAACUCUUAAACUGCCACCCCUUGACGUGUGCGGACCCAUUCUCCGUGCUCGUCUGUGAUGCAUAUUAAUUUUGUGCUUCAGAAAAGUCCCUGAAAAUGUUUUUCUUGUGAGCACACUUUGGCUUGCUCCCUUUUUUACAUCCACCGAUGAAAUGUGCUGUCAUACUUUAUUAUUUUGGUGUCUGUCAUGAAUGUGCCCACUUACAUGUACAAAACAAAAAUAAACUCUUAAACACAGCCAGAUUCAGGCCUCAUAUAAUGAAAUAAUUAGUGAUAAUGGAAUGUCACAUUAGAAUUAACCAUAUUCAGAUGUGUAAGCAAGCCUUACCUAAGUAUGGUAUUGAUUUAUGUCAUAUCUUAGCUUAUCUCCUGGUUAGUAAUCACUGUUGCCGUUGAUUUUGUAGGGUGGUAAACACAAAACAGGGCCCAACCUUCAUGGCCUGUUUGGACGCAAGACAGGACAGGCUGCAGGUUUCUCAUACACAGAUUCCAAUAAGAACAAAGGCAUUACUUGGGGACCUGAUACAUUGUGGAUUUACCUGGAAAACCCAAAGAAGUACAUUCCUGGUAUGUGACAAAACUGUGUUCUUUACAUGUACCUUUACCGAACGCUCUAGAAUUCUAAACAUAGAUAGUGCUCCUGUUCUUAAAACAAAGGUGAUUGGAAUUCACUGUACCACUGAUUUGCGUAGGCAUUUUCAGUACAUCCACUUGAUAGAUCCAACUUAUGCAAGGGUAGAAAUAUCCAUGUAAUAGUGACACCUUAAAUUUGUACUCUAAAGUUGAUAAUACCCUCAGGGCUGUCACCAAGGGCCAGUGGUUCUUUCCAGCUACCAUAGUACAGUUGACCCCCAGAUACUUUUACGGGAAACAAAAGGAAAGAAGAACCUAAAGCACAUUCUUAAUGGUUUAUUUUCCUGCCAACUUUGAAAUUAUUCUUAGUGACAGCCUUGACCUGCAUCAAGUUGGUACCUUACAUAAUCUUAAAGGUGCAUUAUCUAGAACAAAUGAACCAUUAUUAUUUCACUGGCAUGGAUACUAUGGACCAGUUACCCAUCCACUAUUCACUUGCAUGUAUGUGAAUUUCUAAUCUUCAAUUUUCUUUUUAGGUACCAAGAUGGUCUUUGCAGGCCUUAAGAAGAAAAAUGAAAGAGCAGGUAUGCUAAAAAACCACUUAAUUAAUGAGGGGAUGCCUGGAAAAAGUCCCGUGUGAAUUCUGGAUUAAGUGCGAGGUUUUCCUCAAAAAUUCCCUUUACUUUCUUUCAAGACGAAUAAGAGAAUAAAUUGUUAUUUGAAAUUAGCUCAAGAGUCACUUGAGGCUUGAAUCCACAGUGCACCUGCUCAUACAUGGCUGUAUAGUCUACUCUAUUGAUAGUUUUCAAAAUUGAGGGAUUUUGCAGUGAAACUAGAUGUCUUUUCUUUUUUUCCCAGAUCUCAUUGCUUAUUUGAAGGAGGCCACAAGCUGA